CCCGAGCGGCCGCAGACGUGGGCGCAGGCCUCGGGUGGCCGCCGCGCCCGAGUGUGACGCCAGGUCGGGUUCAGAGCGGCCGAGAGCCUCGCGCACGGCAGCCUCCGGACGCGGCCGCGCAGAACUGAAAGAGAGCGCCGUUCUUCCUGGCACGUGAGGAAGGAGAGUUUAUGUCUGUAUGGGAUGGUCACUUGCGCAGCGGAGGCCAGGGAGUGGGGGAGAGUGGACCCCCAGCAGUGAGUGAGAGCAGCGGGCCACCCGUCCCCAGGCGCUCGAGGUCAGGAUGGGCCCCACAGGCAAACAGAGUCCCUCGUCCCUGCCAGUCCCCACGGGAGGGUCUUGCCUCCUCCUCCUCUUCUGCCUGCGGUUGGGGACCUCUUGCCCACAGAGCUGCCAGUGCCCUGACCACGCGGGGGCUGUGGCCGUCCACUGCAGCGCGAGGGGCCUGCAGGAGAUCCCCAAGGACAUCCCCGCCGACACUGUGCUCCUGAAGCUCGACGCCAACAGGAUCGCCCGCGUCCCCAACGGAGCCUUCCAGCACCUGAACCAGCUGAGAGAGCUGGACUUGUCCCAGAACGCCAUCGAGAGCAUUGGCCCCGCCGCUUUCUCGGGCCUGGCCGGGGGCCUGCGGCUGCUGGACCUGUCUCACAAUCGCAUCCGGAGGAUUCCGAAGGACGCUCUGGGCAAGCUCAGUGCCAAGAUCCGCCUGUCGCACAACCCGCUGCACUGCGAGUGUGCCCUGCAGGAGGCCCUGUGGGAGCUGAAGCUGGACCCCGACUCCGUGGACGAGAUCGCCUGCCACACCUCGGUGCAGGAGGAGUACGUGGGGAAGCCGCUGAUCCAGGCCCUUGACUCCGGCGUCAGCUUCUGCAGCAUCCACCACAAGACCACCGACGUGGCCAUGCUGGUCACCAUGUUCGGCUGGUUUGCCAUGGUGAUCACCUACGUCGUGUACUACGUGCGCCAGAACCAGGAGGACGCCAGGAGGCACCUGGAGUACCUGAAGUCCCUGCCCAGCACCCCUGUGUCCAAGGACCCCAUCAGCCCUGCGCCUUAAUGCCCACUGGCUCGAGCAGCCCGAAGCCCACGUGUCUCCCAUCGCUUUUGUAGCAGAUGGUGACUGACUCACGCCUUUGAUGUUCCCUUGGUGAGGUGGUGACACGGUUGCUUCUGUCCAGUACUUCCUGAUUACACAGCACUUUCCCUUAGGGCAGCGAGUGGCUGUAGCAUCCUUCAGGCCAGGUAAUUUUACCGUCAGCCCCAGGGGCGGAGAGGUGGAGUAUCGCAGCCGGAGACGACCCGCUGCGAUGUAAAGCCGGGCAGUCUGUCACCAUGUUCAGUGUCCCUUCCACUCUGGUAGCCUGUCCCCGGGGCACCCAAGCAUUCAGACAAGAGUGAGUGUGUGCCCUUGAUUGAGGCUCCCCGAGGACAGUGGGUGCCUUCUGUCACUUGAAAGCACAGGUGAUCCUGUAUGUGGAACUGACUUGCCUCUGCAUCCCCAGUGUUUCCUGAACAUGUUUGACCGCAGCACUCUGUCCAGAGCGAAGCGGUAGAGACCAAGGGUUUUUGGAGAGGUGAGUGGAGUGUCUAACCUUUGAACGACUCUUUUGUUUAUUCUCAGAAUGUUUGUUAAGAGUAACACUUGUACCAAAAUUUCAGUCCAGGAAGAAGGAAAAAAACAACCCAAACCAAAAAGCAAACAAUCAAACAACCCCCCCACCACCACCAAAAAAAAACCAUGGAGAGGAACCUGAGAAGGGUCCACGGUGGCUCGUCAAGGGGGCAGAGUCAAGACGAGCAGGGUCCUGCCCGGUCCCUGUCCUCCGCCCGCGCCCGCUCGGGGCAGGGGGGCCGUCAUCUGGGGUCGCUACGUGCCUUGCUCUUCUGCUCGCUGAAGCCGCUCCUUCCCAGAGGACGGGAGGGCUGACUGAUGUUUCAAGGCCAAUCAGUAGGAUGACUCCUUUUCGCCAGCAGCGGGAACUCUCUCUCUCUCUCCUUUUCAGCUUUGCUGCCAGGAAUCUCAGAGCAACUUUAAUGCUCAAUUUUCUUACCUACUUCAAGUUCAGGGUAGACCUUACCUCCACCUAAGUAACCCUGACUUGUCUUUCCAAUUUUAUUUUUUACUGGUUUUUUUUUUUGUAUGAGUGUUUAUAUUUUACACUAAUUCAAAUAUUUUGGGGGGAAGCAAGAAGGGGUACAUCACUUAGGGAUCUGAGGAAUAAAGGACAGAAGCCUUUCUCAGCAGACUCUUAGAAAGGAUGAAGACUGAGGGAGGUUUGCAUUGGAAGGUGUCAUGUGACUUGCAGCAGGAAACAGAUUUACAGCACACACAGCCGAGACCCGAAAGGCACAUCUGAACAAGGUCAUGAUUUUUCAGUUGUGAUGCAUUAAAAAGAAACAACCAAGAGAUGCCAAUACUCUCCCACACCCAGACGCCUCUCUCCUGCACUCACGGGGGUCUGUGCACAGCCACACGGUGUGAAUGGGGGCUCUGUGCUGUGAGUGUGGGUGGGCGCUUCUCUGCCCACCGUCCCGACCAGGGGUGCCGGCGUGGGAGGCAGGGCUCAGGUGAUGCUCCGGAUGAUGCCAGUCCUCACGGAAACGGGCGGCCCGCCCAUCUUUCCAGUGAGAGCUAAGACCAAGCAAGUGGACCUGGGCGUCAGUCCACUUGUGGGACAGAUGCCACGUGGAGCAGGUAAGUGUGGCUGCUGGCUGACCAGGGGAGGCAGGCUCCUUGGGGGAAUUAGGUCUCCCCUCCCCACCCAUCCCGGGGUACACACAGGAGGGAAAGGGGCCCUGCCACACCAGGAGCUUGCCGCCUGGUGAGCUUGCCUGGUGGUCGUGACCCUGGGUCAGGGGGAAGGGAGACUGAGACCUGGCUGGAGGUGGGGGCGAGUGUUGGGGUCCUGCUGCUGCGGGUCACGUCCUUUGGGUGCGAGCCAGCCUGGGCACCUCGGGGCCUUUCUCUGCCACUGGGAGCUCUUCACUUGCUCUUAAGCAGAAUCAGCCCAGGGCCUGGAUGCUGCCCAGAAGCUCUUCUGGGGGCGCACAGGGAGUGGGUGGGCUCCUCCCCUCCCCUCCUUUCUGCUGGCCCCCAGCCCCCAACCCACCUUCCCCUUGGUGUGGGCCUGCCAGCAUCCUGUUCCACUCUGCGGGGACGGGGACAUGGGCCCAGGACCUCGGAGCACACCAGAAGGGCCCCUCUCUGCCCAAGUCCAGAGUCGGGGGCUGCCCCUCCCUCCUGGCCUCUCUGGGCUCCUCACCCCUUGUGGAGUCUCCCAGGAGAGGAUACCUACCUCCAAAGACCACCAGGACCCCAACUGCAGGACCUGGAAGCCCCUUCCUGCUCAUGGGAGCCCCCACCCCUGGUGCCUGGGAGCCCUUGGCUCUCCUGGGGUGCAGCCCUCUCCUCCCCCCUCUCCUCCCUUCCCCUUCUCGGAUUUCCCCUUCCCUCCCCUAAGGGGCUCCUAAAGAUGAUGUCCUGUCUGCGCCCACCCUGUUCCUUGCAGCUAUGUGUGUGCGGAUGCCCGGACCCCCACGGGCUUCAUGCUGACUCCCCACCUCGACCCCAGCACCCAUGGGCCCGGUGUGAGCGGGCAUUUGACCCCAUCUUCUAGUUCUGCAGAGGCCGGGGUCAAGCCAGCCCCAUGAAUGGGACCUGUGUUGACAGGGGUGGGGACAGGGCAAAGGGGGUGCCUCAACUGGCCCGUGUCUGUUGGGAGGCAGUGGGAUGGCAGCCUUUGUGGGACACAGGUGACCCCUGGCUCUCGUUACAUUCCAGGUAAGAGGCCUCAAAGAGCUUCAUGCGCAUGGCCUUGCUUACCCCUACCUGCAAAGCCCCUCUUGCCUUGGGAGGUAGCACUUCACAGGGUCCGGGUGGGAUGACUUUGGGGUUCCUCCUGCAGCAGAGGUGUGGCGGGAGCAGACUGGCCCAAGAACCACCCUGCUGAGCCUCUUUUCCUUCCCAUGGGAGUUGAGGGGGGCCUCAG